AUGGACACUGCUACCAAAAUGAUGUCGAGUGCCCACCUUCACGGCCAAGAUUCGUGCACCAAGGACUCAGCUGGCUGCAUGCGCGCCGUUGUGUGGACAGGCAAGUCUGUCAAAUUGGAGCACAUUCCGAAGCCGAAGAUCAUGGAAGCGUCAGAUGUGGUGGUGAAAGUGACUGCGUGUUCUGUGAGCCCAGACUUCGCGAACGAUGUUUGCGGAAGUGGUUCUGGGCUGGAAAAGAACCAGGUGUUGGGCAGUGAAGCCGUCGGUAUCGUCGACAGCGUGGGUGCAAACGUGCAGAAGCUCAAAGAAGGUGACCGCGUCGCUGUAAGCUUUGUGCUGGCAUGCGGGAAAUGCCGUCAUUGCCGUCGACAAGAGUAUGCGUCAUGCAACUGCACGAAUGAAUCCCAAGAGUUUAAACAGAAGUAUGGUGGUUGGGCCCCCGCUGCUGUGCUGGGAAGCACCCGCAUGCUUGGAAACGUUCCGGGUGUGCAGGCUGAGUAUGUGCGUGUGCCGUAUGCCGACGUCAACUGCUUUAAGUUGCCGUCAGGUGUGAGCGAUGACAAGGCCGUACUAGGAGUGGAGACGACUGCUACAGCGCUUCAUGCGGUAGAUUCAGCCAAGGUGAAGGAGGGCGACACUGUGGUUAUUUGGGGUCUUGGUCCUAUCGGCCUUCAAGCAGCUCACUGGUGCAAGCUGCGCGGUACCAAGAAGGUGGUGGGAGUUGAAUAUUCCCUAGAGCGUCUUAAGUUCGCUCAUGAUCACAUGAACUUGGAGGUGGUCGACCGUCGCGAUUUAUCCAGCGCUCAGGUGGUGGCUAAGCUGCAAGAAGCGCUUCCGCCUGCCGGCGCUGAUGCGGUGAUUGAUGCAAGUGGCGGCUCAGCUUCGGGCGGAUUUUUGGCUACGUUGGAAAAGACAAUGGGCAUGGAGAAGAAGCCAGAGCCUGCGGAUACAAUAAAGGAAAUGCUUAUGAUCGUGCGCAAGUGCGGUCACAUUUCGAUAGUGUCCGAUUACAUGAGCUCGGUGGAAUCGUUCCCGUUAGGCCACGUCGCUAUGAAGAGUGUGACGGUCCACGCUGGCCGUACUCCGGCGCAGAAAUAUUAUCCACAGGUGUUCUACGCGAUUGAGAGUGGUGAGCUGGACCCAUCGGUGCUUAUUUCUCACCGCUUGGCUCUCGAGGAGGUGCCCGAAGCAUACUCCCGCAUUGCAAAGAAAAAUAGCAGCUUCCUGAAGGUGUUCGUGGCGCCACACGAGAUGCGUUCUAAGGCGUAA